UUCGCUUUUCCAUAUAUUUGGAGGCGGGAGGAGGUGACAGCUCCAGCCAGAGGGAGACCCGCCGUUUCCGUCGCGUGUGCGUCUCCGGCGCGCACUCGGGGAGCCUGCGCUUUACGCACUCGGGGAGGUGUAAUCCGAAGCCGCCGGUUUAAAUAAAGCGCAGCCUUGCUGCCUUUUUCCAAGGGAGAGGUUGUCAACGUCUGAUCUCUGGCGCUGCUCUUCUCCGAGGAGAUUUCUUCUUCCCUACGCAGAGGAAAGCGUUAACAGGAAGGAGGGAGAAUAGAGAGCAAAAAUGAUGAAUGGGACGCUGGAUAGCCUGUGCGACCACACACUGAAUGAAGACGAAGGGACGUUCAUGUUUACAUCGGAAUCUGUAGGGGAAGGACACCCAGAUAAGAUAUGCGACCAGAUCAGCGAUGCCGUGCUUGAUGCCCACCUGAAGCAAGAUCCCAACGCCAAGGUUGCUUGUGAGAGUGUGUGUAAAACAGGGAUGGUGCUGCUCUGCGGGGAGAUCACAUCCAGAGCGGUCGUGGAUUACCAGCAGAUCGUCCGAGACACAAUUAUGAACAUAGGCUAUGAUGAUUCAGCUAAAGGCUUUGACUACAAGACUUGUAAUGUUCUUGUUGCAUUGGAGCAACAGUCGCCCGAUAUCGCCCAGGGCGUACAUCUGCACAGGUCGGAGGAAGAGGUUGGCGCUGGGGACCAGGGCCUGAUGUUUGGCUAUGCCACCGACGAGACAGAAGAAUGUAUGCCCCUCACCAUCAUGCUUGCUCACAAACUGAAUGCCAAAAUGGCCGAGCUGAGGCGCAACGGGGUCCUCCCUUGGCUUAGGCCGGACUCCAAAACCCAGAUCACGGUUCAGUACGUCCAGAAAGAUGGUGUCGUCAUCCCAGUGCGUGUCCACACCAUUGUCAUCUCAGUGCAACACGACGAGACCAUCUCUUUGGAGGCCAUGCGCAAGGCCCUCCAGGAGCAUGUCAUCAAGGCUGUGGUUCCACCCAGAUACUUAGAUGACAAUACAGUCUACCAUCUUCAGCCCAGUGGCCGGUUUGUUAUUGGAGGACCGCAGGGGGACGCUGGAGUUACUGGACGGAAGAUCAUUGUGGAUACUUACGGCGGAUGGGGAGCCCAUGGGGGUGGGGCUUUUUCGGGCAAAGACUACACCAAGGUGGAUCGGUCAGCAGCAUACGCAGCCCGGUGGGUUGCCAAAUCCUUGGUAAAAGCUGGGCUUUGCCGCCGUGUCCUGGUCCAGGUUGCCUACGCCAUUGGCGUGGCUGAGCCACUCUCCAUCUCGCUGUUCACUUAUGGUACCUCCACAAAGCCCGAACAAGAGCUGCUAAACAUCGUACACCAGAAUUUCGACCUCCGGCCAGGCGCUAUCGUGAAGGAUCUGGAUUUGAAGAAGCCCAUCUAUCAGAGGACCGCCUGUUACGGCCACUUUGGGAGAAGCGAAUUCUCUUGGGAAGUACCUAAGAAACUGGCCUUUUAACAACCACGGUCCCGACCCCUGAGCUUAAGGGGAGAGGACUCUGUUACGAAAGGUGCUUCCACUGACCAUCCUCGAAAAUAGAGAAAAAGUUGUUUUCAUGGAAAUCGACGACGCUGUUUGUACUCUCGACAUCUCACCACACGCACAUACAAAAGAUGUUUCCUAUUGCUGCUAUUUUUGUUUCGUUCCACUUAGAAAAGGCGCAACAUAGGACUUGGGCCCACAAUCAAAACGGUGGAAUACCAGCCUUCAGCCCGACUUCUCUCCGUUCUUGUGUUCAAAUGGGAGGAAAAGAUUCCCUCAGGUUCCAUAAGCUUCCUUACUACAACUGGACAAUUAGAAAUUAUGGGGUCUAA